AUGCACGACCACGUUCUUGUCGAGUUCGAAGACCUUCCUCCUUCCGCUUUCGCCCACGCGGCUCCCAACUUAUCCGAAUCAGAGCUCCGGGAAACGGCCUACGAGAUCCUCGUCGGAGCCUGCCGGAGUUCGGGGCCGAAGCCGUUAACGUUCGUCUCGCACUCUGACUCUAACAGAGGAGAUAAACGGAACCCUUCACCGUCCUUGUACAGGUCGCUGACUGUGACGGCGUCGAGCGAGGUGAAGAAGAAGCUGGGACUUAAAACGACGUCGUCGCGGAGGAAUCGAAGGGCGGCGACGACGGGGGAGCUGAUGAGAGUGCAGAUGAAAGUGACGGAAGUUACUGACACUCGGGUCAGACGUGCCCUCCUCAGAGUUGCUCCUGGCCAGCUUGGAAGACGAAUAGAAUCGAUGGUUCUGCCGCUAGAGCUAAUGCAACAGCUUAAGUGUUCAGAUUUUUCUAGUGAACAAGAGUACGAGGCUUGGCUAAGGAGGAAUUUGAAGGUUCUUGAAGCAGGACUUCUCUUGCAUCCUCGCCUGCCGUUAGACAAGACAGAUUUUAGUGCACUGAGCCUGCAGCAAAUAAUCCAUGGCGGCCUCGAGAAGCCCAUGGAUAUUGGAAAAGACAAUGAAUCAAUGCAUGCACUUCGGAAUGUUGCUAUGUCUCUUGCUUGUAGGUCAUUUGAGGGGUCUGUUCCUGAUACAUGCCAUUGGGCUGAUGGGUUUCCAUUCAACCUUAGGAUCUACCAAACUCUGCUAGAAGCAUGUUUUGAUAAUCAUGAAGAAAACAAUGUGAUAGAAGAGGUUGACGAGGUCUUAGAACUCAUUAAGACAACCUGGGUUAUGCUUGGAAUGAAUGAGAUGCUGCACAAUGUUUGUUUUUCUUGGACCUUGUUUCAACGGUAUGUUGCCACUGGUCAAGUGGAAAAUGAUCUGCUGUUAGCAUCGAGUAGUCUGCUGGCAGAAGCUGAGAAAGAUGCCAAUAUGAUGAAGGAUCCAUUUUACUCAAAAUCCUUGAGCUACGCAUUGAAUUUUAUAUUAAAUUGGGCAGAAGAAAGGCUCCUUGCCUACCAUGAUAUUUUCCAUGAUGGUAAUAUUGAGUCAAUGCAAAGUGUUGUUUCUCUUGCAAUAUCAUCAGCAAAGAUAUUGGUAGGAGAUAUCUCUCUUGAGCGUAGUAGGAUGAGGAAAGAAGCUGAUAUACCCUCCACCAGAGUUGAAAAUUACAUCACAUCAUCAUUGCAUGCUGUUUUUAUUCAGAAACUGGAGAAACUGGAUCCCCGCAACAGCAAUUAUGUACCUAGACAACACGAUAACGUCUUUCCAAGUCUUUCAGUUCUUGCGCGAGACAUCAGCGAACUGGCUUUUGAGGAGAAAGCAAUGUUUAGUCCAAUACUGAAGAGGUGGCAUUCACUUGCUGCAGGUGUUGCUGUUGCUACCCUUCAUGUAUGUUAUGGUCAUGAGUUGAAGCAAUAUAUCAGGAGUGUUACGGAGUUGACUCCUGAUACUGUUGAAACGCUGAUGGCUGCUGAUAAAUUGGAGAAAGAUCUGGUACAUAUAGCAGUGGAAGAUUCGGUUGACAGUGACGAUGGUGGGAAAUCCGUUAUACGGGAGAUGUAUCCUUAUGAGGCUGAAGCUGUAAUUAUCAAUCUGGUCAAGUCAUGGAUCAAGAACAGAGUGGACAGACUAGAGGAAUGUGUCGACAGAAAUCUACAAGAAGAGAUAUGGAUUCCACGUGCAAAUAAGGAGUGUUUCGCUCCUUCCGCUCUUGAAAUUCUAGGAAUCAUAGAUGACUCUCUUCAAGCGUUCUUUCUGUUGCCAAUACCCAUGCAUGCAGUUUUGCUUCCAGAAUUGAUGUUUGCUCUUGACAAAUCUCUCCAACAAUACAUUUUGAAAGCCAAAGCUGGCUGCGGGAACCGUAAUACCUUCAUCCCAAUCAUGCCAGCUUUGACUCGGUGUUCAGCAGGAUCAAAAUUUCAUGGUGUAUUCAGAAAAAAAGACAAGUCACAAAUAACUCAAAGAAGGGUAUUCGAUCUUGGAACUACAAACGUAGACAACUCAUUUGGAUUACCCCAGCUUUGUGUUCGCAUAAAUACCAUGCAGCGCAUUGGCAUGGGACUAAAGAUUUUGGAAAAGAGGACAAUUGCCCGUCUUGGGAAUUCUAAAUCCACAAAAGAUGAUGGUACGGAGAAGAGGUUGAAGUUCAAGCUUUCUAAAGCUGCUUCUCUGGAAGGUAUCCGUCAACUCUCCGAGGCCAUGGCAUACAAAUUGAUUAUCCAGGAUCUCUGUCAUGUUCUUUGGGAUGGCCUAUAUGUUGGUGAAGUUUCAUCCACUAGAAUUGAACCUUUUCUAGAGGAGCUUAACCAAUGCUUGAAGAUAAUAUUGUCCACCGUGCAUGACAGAGUAAUAACGCAUGUGGUUACUGAUGUAAUGAAGGCUUCUUUUGAUGGUUUCUUGUUGGUUUUGUUAGCUGGGGGUCCAGCACGAGCUUUUUCUCUUGAAGACCAUGUUAUUAUUGAUGAGGACUUUAAGCUUCUUGCUGAUUUAUUCUGGUCCAAUGGAAAGGGUUUAACUGCUGAUUUGAUAGAAAAGCAUUCUACGUCUGUUAAAGAAGUGCUUCCCCUGUUUCGCAAGGAUACUGAGGAAUUGAUUAAGCUAUUCAGUCAGCUUAUUCUGGAAAUGUAUAAUCCUGCCAUCAAAUCCCACUUGCCAUUGCCCACGACAUCUGGUCAAUGGAGUCCAAGAGAACCAAACACUCUUCUGCGAGUAUUGUGUCAUAGAAAUGAUGAAACAGCUGCUAAGUUCCUUAAAAAGAACUACAACUUGCCUAAGAAGUCUAACCGCUAA